AGCCGAGAAGAGGCGCCGGCAACUGGGGGGACCAGGUAGGAGCGGGACGGCGAGCAUCAGCUGGCGGGAGGAACGCCCCCACUCUCUCACCGUCCCCCUUUCUCCCGUGCUCCUCUCUCCCUCUACCCCUCCGCUCCCUCUUCCUACGCCCCUCUCUCCCUCCAAAGGCUUUUAAGGGUGAAGGUAAUGGAGGAUCCUCCGACCGGAAGCUCAAAGUGUCCAGAUCCACCGAAGUCGCUCGAUCUGCAGACCUCCGCACACCUUCCGCCUUUGGACGCAGAAGAAGACGCCUCCGCUCGCAGCGAGGGGAAAGAGUUCACCUGUCCCGAUUGCGGACGGAGUUUUAUCCGGGCAUCGGGGCUGACGAGGCACCAGUGCACCCACUCUGGGGAGAAAGUGUGGAAGUGCGGGGACUGCGGGAAGGGGUUCUGUUAUCCUUCCUGGCUGGAGAUUCACCGGCGCAGCCACACCAGGGAGAAGCCGUUCAUCUGCUCCAUGUGCGGGAAGGGGUUCUGCUGCCUGUCCAACCUGACCACACACCAGCGGUUCCACACCAGGGAGCGGCCCUUCACUUGCUCCGAGUGUGGGAAGGGCUUCACCCAGUCAUCCUCCCUGCUGACCCACCGGCGUGUCCACAGUGGAGAGAGGCCCUUCACCUGCGCCGAGUGCGGCAAGGGCUUCACCUUGUCGUCUUACCUGGUGAGGCACCAGCAGGUCCACACCGGGGAGAGGCCGUUCACCUGCUCCGAGUGUGGGAAGGGCUUCACCCUGUCCUCCUGCCUGGUGAGGCACCAGCUGGUCCACACCGGCGAGAGGCCGUUCACCUGCAUCGAGUGCGGCAAGGGAUUCACUCAGUUGUCCAACCUGGUGUCACACCAGAGGGUCCACACCGGGGAGAGGCCGUUCACCUGCCCCGAGUGUGGAAAGGGCUUCAGCUAUUCAUCCAACCUACGGAAGCACCAGCGAGUUCACAAAUGGUCCGACGAGCGGGUGAAUCCCUUCCUGCACUCGGAGCAGGUGAACGGCCUCUCCCCGGUGUGGAUGUGCUGGUGCGUCAGCAGGUUGGACGACUGGGUGAAGCCCUUCCCGCAAUCGGUGCAGAUGAACAGUUUUUCACCAGUGUGGACCCGCUGGUGGGUCAGCAGGUUGGCCGACCUGCCGAAGCACUUCCCGCAGUCGGUGCAGAUGAAGGGUCCCUCCUCAGUGUGGACCUGCUGGUGCCUCAUCAGGCUGGAGGAGCGAGCGAAUCCCCUCCCGCACUCAAAACAGGUGAAGGGUCUCUCCCCGGUGUGGACCAGCUGGUGCCUCAUCAGGCUGGAGGAGCGGGUGAAGCCCCUCCCGCACUCGGUGCAUGUGAACGGCCUCUCCCCGGUGUGGACCUCCUGGUGCCUCAUCAGCUCAAAGUGUCCAGAUCCACUGAAGUCGCUCGAUCUGCAGACCUCUGCACACCUUCGGCCUUUGUACGCAGAAGAAGACGCUUCCGCUCGCAGCGAGGGGAAAGGGUUCACCUCUCCCGAUUGCAGACGGAGUUUUAUCCGGGCAUCGGGGCUGACGAGGCACCAGUGCACCCACUCCGGGGAGAAAGUGUGGAAGUGCGGGGACUGCGGGAAGGGGUUCUGUUAUCCUUCCUGGCUGGAGAUCCACCGCCGCAGCCACACCAGGGAGAAGCCGUUCAUCCCAGAGCAUGGAAUGCAGGUCGGAUACACAAUGUCGUCUAACCAGGGAGUUAACACGUGCGGGCGCUUUUUCCCCUGCUCCGAGUGUGGAAAGGGCUUCGCUCAGUCGUACGACCUGAUGAGGCACCAGCGGGUCCACACCGGGGAGAGGCCGUUCACCUGCUCUGAGUGCGGGAAGGGCUUCACUCUCUCGUCCAGUCUAGCGACCCACCAACAGGUCCACACCGGGAAGAGACCGUUCACCUGCAACGAGUGUGGGAAGGGCUUCGCGCGGUCUUCAAGCCUGAUAACCCACCAGCGGGUCCACACCGGGGAGAGGCCGUUCACCUGCUCUGAGUGCGGGAAAGGGUUCAAUCAGUCGGCCAACCUGAGGAGGCACCAGCAGGUCCACACGGGCGCGAGGCCGUUCACCUGCUCCGAGUGCGGGAAGGGGUUCAUUUUGGAGUCGCACCUGCUGACGCACCAAAGGGUCCACACAGGUGAGAGGCCGUUCUCCUGCUCCGAGUGCGGGAAGUGCUUCACCCGGUCAGCCAACCUGAUGGCCCACCAGAGGGUCCACACCGGGGAGAGACCGUUCACCUGCACCGAAUGUGGGAAGGGCUUCAUCUGGUCCUCCGACCUCCUCACCCACCAGCGGGUCCACACCGGCGAGAGGCCGUUCACCUGCUCCCAGUGCGGGAAGGGAUUCAUCCGCUCCUCCCACCUGCUGAGGCACCAACAGAUCCACACCGGGAAGCGGCCGUUCUACUGCUCCGAAUGCGGCAGACGCUUCAGCCGCUCGUCCAACCUACUGAGGCAUCGACAUGUUCACGACGGGGAGAAAGUUGCUGGAGGACAAUGCCGGAGGACUGGAGCCCGGGGUCCCGGCAGCGGCGUCUCCUGCAACCGGGGUUUGGAGCCCGGGGUCCCGGCAGCGGCGUCUCCUGCAACCGGGGUUUGGAGCCCGGAGUCCCGGCAGCUGCGCUUCCUGCAACCGGGGUUUGGAGCCCGGGAUCCCGGCAGCGGCGUCUCCUGCAACCGGGUGAACGGCCUCUCCCCGGUGUGGAUGUGCUGGUGCGUCAGCAGGUUGGACGACUGGGUGAAGCCUUUCCCGCACUCGGUGCAGAUGAACAGUUUUUCACCAGUGUGGACCCGCUGGUGGGUCAGCAGGUUGGCUGUCCGGCUGAAGCCCUUCCCGCAGUCGGUGCAGAUGAAGGGUCCCUCCUCAGUGUGGACCUGCUGGUGCCUCAUCAGGCUGGAGGAGCGAGUGAAUCCCCUCCCGCACUCAAAACAGGUGAAGGGUCUCUCCCCGGUGUGGACCAGCUGGUGCCUCAUCAGGCUGGAGGAGCGGGUGAAGCCCCUCCCGCACUCGGUGCAGGUGUAUGGCCUCUCCCCGGUGUGGACCUCCUGGUGCCUCAUCAGGCUGGAUGACCGAGUGAAUUCCUGCCCACAUUGCGGGCAGAUGAAGGAGGUCUCCGCAGAGUGCCACAAGUCCCUAGGGUUGGUAAUCAAUGGCCGCUUUAUUACCCACAAUCCGCAUCGCGCCUGCAACCGCUCUGCGAGUGACAGCUGCACGCAGACGCGCCUGCGCGGCCUGGGGCCCGCAAUGCAUCAUAGGCCGCGCUGGCGAGACAAAGCGGGGGGACCCCCGGGGUCACGGGUGCGGAUCGCGGCGGGCGGACGGGCAGAUAAACUGGCAUCCACCACUCCGUUUAUCCAAACCUCGCACGGACCGGCGCCGAAUAACGGUGAGCAUAUCUCUGGCCGCAAUGUACCAGACGGAAACAAAGACCCUGCCCCGUCCCAGAGACUUGCUCAGUGCUGGAAGGUUGUGGUGGAGGCUGGAACACAGCAAGAGGAGACACCGAGGCUGGGGAAGUUGGUUGGAAGCUGGUGCAUGAGUCGGUCGGAAGACUGGGAGAACGCCUUCCCGCAUUCGGAGCAGGUGAAGGGCUUUUCCCCGGUGUGGACCCGCUGGUGCCUCCGCAGGCUGGAGGACCAUGCAAAUCUCUUGCCGCACUUGGCGCAGAUGAAUGGCUUCUCCCCGGUGUGGAUGCGCUGGUGGGCCACCAGCCUCUCGCUGGCGUGGAUCAGCCGGUGCGUGAUGAGGCUGGAAGAGCGGGUGAACCGCUUCCCACACUCGGAGCAGGUGAACGGCCUCUCCCCAGUGUGGACCUGCUGGUGCGUCUGCAAGGACGAUGACCGACUGAACCUCCUCCCGCACUCGGAGCAGGUGAACGGCCUCUCCCCAGUGUGGACCCGCUGGUGCCUCAACAGGCUGGAUGACUCAGUGAAUCCCUUCCCGCAGUCGGGGCAGGUGAACGGCCUCUCCCCCGUGUGGACCCUCUGGUGGGUCAGCAAGGACGAUGAUCGACUGAACCUCUUCCCGCACUCGGAGCAGAAACCCCUCUAUCUCGGCGCCGGGGUCAGCAAGGCGCAUGCGCCGCCCAGGAUCCGGGGCCCGGCUGGCGGUGCGACCCUCGGUAAGGAGCGGGGAUCCGGAACCCCCCGGAAGCGGGCGGAACCCCUGGGGAAUCCUCGAGAGCGGGCGGGGAGAUCCCUGUGUCUACACUUCACACUGCCUUGGCAUUUGACAGAGUGGGCGAUGGAGGAUUCGGGCAGCUCAGACCAAGCGAUGGCUCGGGACGGGUCCGGGACGUUGGAUCGGCGGGAAGAGGAGCGUUGCCAGGAAGAGGAGGGUUGGUUCCCAUGCGGGGAAGGUGACCGGGGAGUCACGCGGGCGGACGGACUGGCCGGGCAACCGCACAGCCCAGGCGGGGAGAAGCCGUGGAAAUGCGGGGACUGCGGGAAGGGCUUCAGCUACCCGUCGCAGCUGGAGAUGCACCGGCGCAGCCACACGGGCGAGAGGCCGUUCACCUGCUCCAUCUGCGGCAAGGGCUUCACCCAGCUGAGCCACCUGCCCCGGCACUACCAGGUCCACUUUGUGGAGAGACUGUUCAGCUGCUCCGUGUGCGGCAAGGGCUUCACCCAGUCCUCCAGCCUCCUGACCCACCAGCGGCUCCACACCGGCGAGAGGCCCUUCGUCUGCUCCGCCUGCGGAAAGCGCUUCACCCGCUCCUCCCACCUGCUGGCACACCAGCGGGUCCACACUGGCGAGCGCCCCUUCUCCUGCCCGCUCUGCGGCAAGAGCUUCCGCAGCUCCUCCAACCUCCGCAAGCACCAGCGGGUCCACAAGUUUGACCAUAAAUUAAGAGGUAAAGAUCUGUCCGGGUCGGGACCCUUCCUCUCACCGGUCAAUCCGUGCAUUCGAUGCGCUCACGCCGCCGGGGACCGCACCGAUUCUCCCCGCAGCCGGGGCCGCUCCUCAGGCCGGGCCUCGGUGCUGACUGAUCCCGCGCCCGGAUCCCCGCUCCUACCCGCCGCCGAUCCUCCGGAGUCUUUUGUCCACGGACCGCAUGCGAGUCUUCGCUGCACCACUUCCUGGGCUCUCCGCGCCUGCGCGCUUGGUAUCGCAUGCCGGGCCUCGGUGUUGACUGAUCCCGCGCCCGGAUCCUCGCUCCUACCCGCCGCCGAUCCUCCGGAGUCUUUUGUCCACGGACCGCAUGCGCGCCCUGGCAGCACCACUUCCUGGGCUCUCCGCGCCUGCGCGCUUGGUAUCGCAGCCGGGGGCCGCUCCUCAGGCCGGGCCUCGGUGCUGACUGAUCCCGCGCCCGGAUCCCCGCUCCUACCCGCCGCCGAUCCCCCGGAGUCUUUUGUCCACGGACCGCAUGCGCGUCUUCGCAGCACCACUUCCUGGGCUCUCCGCGCCUGCGCGCUUGGUAUCGCAUCCGGGGGCCGCUCCUCAGGCCGGGCCUCGGUGUUGACUGAUCCCGCGCCCGGAUCCCCGCUCCUACCCGCCUCCGAUCCUCCGGAGUCCAUCAUGGCGUCCAUUGGUGACCGGAAUGCGCUGCGGCGCGGAAUACGCUCUAUCUCUGCUACAGGAGCCGGAAGGCCAGGGGCAGAGACAGGAAGUGCUGUCCCGGGCAUGCGCGUUGGGGUGGGAGCGCCGCGGAUGAAGGUCUGUCCUCAGCCCGAGCUCGUUCCCGGCCCCAGACAUUUCUCAGACAGGGUGUCUUUGAUGGAGGGCAACUCGAACCAGACGCCAGGCGAUGAUGAUACUCCAGUGCCCCUCGAUUCGCCCGGGCACCGUCGGCCUUUGAAGGUGGGAGGCGAGAGCUCGGUCGGCGGCAGCGGGGAGGAGCGGUUCAGGUGCUCGGAGUGCGGCCGGGGAUUCAGCCGGGCGUCCGACCUGUCCAGGCACCAGCGCUGCCACAGGGGGGAGAGGCCCUGGAAGUGCGGGCACUGCGGGAAGGGCUUCAGCUACGCGUCGCAGCUGGAGAUCCACCGGCUGCGCCACACCAGGGAGCAGCCGUGGAAGUGCGGCGACUGCGGGAAGGGCUUCAGCUACCCGUCCCAGCUGGAGAUUCACCGGCGCAGCCACACCGGCGAGAGGCCGUUCACCUGCUGCCAGUGCGGCAUGGGCUUCUCCCACUCCUCCAGCCUCCUGAUCCACCAGCGGGUCCACACGGCCGACCGGCCCUUCACCUGUUCCGAGUGUGGCAAGGGCUUCACCCGCUCCUGCCACCUCCUGCGGCACCGCCUGGUCCACGCCGGGGAGAGACUGUACGCCUGCUCCAUGUGCGGCAAGGCCUUCAGCCAGUCCUCCUGCCUCCUCCGGCACCAGCGGGUCCACACUGGCGAGAAGCCCUUCACCUGCUUACUGUGCGGCAAGGCCUUCAGCCAGACCUUCAACCUCCACGCCCACCAGCGGGUCCACACUGGCGAGCGGCCCUACACCUGCUUCACCUGCGGCAAAGGUUUCACCCAGUCGUCCAACCUGCUCACCCACCAGCGUGUCCACACCAGGGAACGGCCCUACACCUGCUCCGACUGUGGCAAGGGCUUCGGCGGCUUGUCCAGCCUCCGGAAACACCGGCAAAUCCACGAAUGAACCCCCGGGGAGGGGGAAUGGUGGGGGCGGCCACAGUUCUUCAAUGAAGAUAGACUCAAAGUGCCGGAGUAAAUCAGCGAGGCAGGCCACAUCUCAGGAGAGAAGGAAUAGGUGACAUUUUGGGUCCAACCCUUCUCAAUGAUUCAAUUCAAUUACACUGUAUUAUCACGUGUAUCUCAGCGCAGUGGAAUUCUUUGUUUUGCAAACAACCAGGAUUUCCAACACGUGGACUGGACUUUGGAAUGUUUGUGUUUUCUUUUUUUAUUUUAAACGGCGUCAAAAUUGUGGCAGCUAUACGUUUGUGGUUGUGCAAAAAAAAACCUACUGAUAUUGUAAAAGAAUGCUGUGCAUACGUGACAGUUACAAACCAUUGAACCUGGGAAAGCCGUACAGCAGACCUCACCUGGGCAGUAUACAAAGAGUCACCAUGUGUCUGAUGCUGACCAAGUCACAAUACGUUCAUAGGACACAACAAGUUCAUAGGACCAAAGAUCAUAGAGCAGAGCAAGAUGGUUCACUCCGCGAAAAAGCCAUAGUAGGUGAUGGGUAAUGUUCAGCACCAUUUCCGUAAACCGGCUUCCGUCAUGGCACCCUCAUCUACAAGCGGAGCGUACCAAAGAUCCUAGAGCGGUUCCAGCAAUUUAUAGCAGAGCAGUAUGCUCCGAGCAGUAAGCAGAUCAUACAGCAAUACGCUCUAUAAUCUUUGGAGCAUACUGCUCUGCUAUAAUUUGCUGUAAUUCUCUGCCUCAGAGUGCGGUGGAGGCAGGUUCUCUGGAUGCUUUCAAGAGAGAGCUAGAUAGGGCUCUUAAAAAUAGCAGAGUCAGGGGAUAUGGGGAGAAGGCAGGAACGGGGUACUGAUUGGGGCCGAUCAGCCAUGAUCAUAUUGAAUGGCAAUGCUGGCUCGAAAGGCCGAAUGACCUACUCCUGCACCUAUUGUCUAUUGAAUCACCAAUGUAGGAGACCCGACCUGUCUUGGGCUCCCCACGAAAAACGAUCUUUGGUCGGAACGACUGUUACUCAGCUGGUGCUGAUAUGUUGAGACUCGGAACCAGAGUGUGUUUUAACUUGUUUGGCACAUAGAACCGCCUGUCUAAACGACACCAAGCAAUUGAUGUCAAGGGCUUAAACGUGUUUCCACACAUUCGGCUUUAUUCAGAAAAUUGCAGCAACAGCGAUAAUGAAAUUGGAGAAUGGAACGAGACAGGUUGGAGUUGAAUGAAGUAGGCGAAGCAGAGAGAAAUCACAAGAAAAAGACUCGCUCAGCUCAAUGUAUCAAUAAUAGUAUUUAAAAAACUGGCCAACCCAGUCUCACCUUCCCCAGUAAAUUAACAGCGAUACUGCAAUAAAUUUGGUAACAUUGUG